AUGGCUUUCUACAACCAAUUCAACCAUCAGGUCGGCGAAUCCUCGCGGUCCAACCCCAACUUGACACCACCUCACGAUCAAUUCCAUAAUCAUGUGAACCAUAAAGGUCGCUCACGAUCUAACGCUUACCUACCACCGCCCCUCAGCCAGUUUCAAGAUCAUUCGCAACCCAAUGACCUGCUACCACCCCCAUACACCCCAUCCACGUUUACCUUCUCUACGACUGCUCCACAAUCAUCUUCUUCGUUCAAGAGAAAAGCCGGUUGUAUGGGCGCUUCACAUGACAUUUGUGGCACCAAGAAAAUAAAAAGUAGCUGUUCCUCUAGCGCUUCGCUCCAACAUAGGCCGCCCAAUACUACAGAGAUUGUCCAUAAUCGCCAUAUGUCCGACUCAGCUGAGAUUGCUAGUGGGCGAUCAGGGGUCCAGCCCGAUGGAGGAACUACUCGUCGCCUUUUCCAACGGAGCCCUGAUAAUAGCGAUGCGGCAAUAAGAUUUUCAAGAGCUGCACCAUCGUCGACGGGAGACGAAUCCGAUCAGAUGGAUUCCCCUGCAGUCUUUCCAUCAACGUGUAGCACAGCUUACACAUUUUUAACAUCGCGUUCGGACUCACACCCUUGCGAUAACGGACAUCUCUAUGAAGAUACAGGUCGCAGAUAUGAUACCAGAGAAAUGGCCGAUCCUGAUACUGAGAUGACUGUGGAUGCUGAAAUAGUUACCAACGGGUGCUUGUAUUGUACCAAUGAUGCGUGUGCUGGAUGUUGA